AUGCUGUCCUUCGCCCUGAGACGAGUGACGCGGCCGCUGUGCCAACGAGCCCCGGUCCGUCUCGCUGUGCGUGGCCAGCAGUCCCAGGCCGCCUCCCCCCGGAUGGUGGAUGAAGAUCGUCCGUGGACGGGCCACGAGAGCCUGGCGGAGGACGACCCCGAGAUGUGGGAUCUGCUGCUGAAGGAGAAGGACCGGCAGUGCCGCGGACUGGAGCUCAUUGCGUCGGAGAAUUUCUGCAGUCGAGCGGCUCUGGAGGCUCAGGGCUCCUGUCUGAACAACAAAUACUCUGAAGGAUACCCAGGGAGAAGAUACUACGGUGGAGCGGAGGUGGUGGAUCAAAUCGAGCUGCUGUGCCAGAAGCGCGCCCUGGACUCCUUUAACCUGGACCCGGCUCUGUGGGGGGUCAACGUCCAGCCGUACUCUGGUUCCCCCGCUAACUUUGCCGUCUACACGGCGGUGCUCAAACCGCACGACCGCAUCAUGGGCCUGGACCUGCCCGACGGAGGACAUCUGACUCAUGGCUACAUGUCCGACGUGAAGAGGAUCUCUGCAACCUCAAUCUAUUUUGAGUCCAUGCCCUACAAGCUAAAUACGACAACCGGACUCAUAGACUACGACCAGAUGGAAAUGACGGCCAAGCUGUUCAGGCCCAAGCUCAUCAUCGCUGGCACCAGCGCCUACGCCCGCCUCAUUGACUACGCCCGCAUCAAGAAGCUGUGCACUGACAUCAAGGCCUACAUGCUUGCUGAUAUGGCCCACAUCAGCGGCCUGGUGGCAGCCGCAGCCGUCCCCUCCCCCUUUGACCACGCGGACCUGGUCACCUCCACCACGCACAAAUCCCUCCGAGGAGUCCGGGCCGGCCUCAUCUUCUAUCGCAAGGGUGUUCGCUCAGUGGACAAGAAGGGGAAGGAGAUCAUGUACGACCUCGAGGACAAGGUCAACUUCUCUGUGUUCCCCUCCCUGCAAGGUGGACCACAUAAUCACGCCAUCGCUGGUGUGGCUGUGGCACUCAAACAGGCCCAGUCGCCCUUGUUCAAGGAGUAUAUCUCCCAAGUACUAAGGAACGCCAAGUCCAUGGCUGCAGCUCUUCUCAGCAAAGGCUACACCCUGGUAUCAGAUGGGACCGACAACCACCUGGUCCUCGUUGAUCUGCGGCCUAAGGGCAUCGACGGUGCUCGGGCCGAGAGGGUGCUGGAGCUCGCGUCAAUCACCGCCAAUAAGAACACCUGCCCCGGGGACAAGAGCGCCCUGACUCCCGGGGGCCUCAGGCUGGGUGCUCCGGCCCUGACGUCCAGGCAGUUCAAAGAAGCUGACUUUGUGCGCGUCGUCGAGCUCAUGGAUGAAGGCUUCAAGAUCGCCUUGGAUGUCAAGAAGAAGACCGGAAAGCUCCAGGACUUCAAGGACUUCCUUCUCCAGGACCCGGAGACCGUGGCUCGCAUUGCCGACCUGCGCCAUCGCGUCGAAGCCUUCGCGAGGCCCUUCCCCAUGCCCGGCUUCCACGACCAUUAAACAAGCCACGUCGAGUGGGCGGGGCCAUAACGGCCAGGUGGCGCGAAAGGAGACGCAAAAUGUGACAAUAGUGAAAUGCGGUUGCUGCCUGUGAAAGUGGAGUGACCCUCCCCCCAAUUAACAUCUGGAGAACCUGUAUUUUUUACAAAUUGUUAAUGUUAAAAAAAAUGGAUUCUCUGGUUUAAAGAAACAAUAAAAUGUAAGAUUUUGUAGAACUGAAUAACCUAUUUUUAUUGUCUGCUUAAGUCUUUAAUGUGGGUGUGUGAGAAGAAAGAAAUAACAUGUCAAAUCAAACAACAACCAACAGCUCUCGGUGGCCACACUCUGUGACUUGAUUGGUGUAUAAUUAGCUUUUUUUAUAAUGAGAUACAGAGAUGUCUUAAUGCUGUAAAGAGUCUUAAUGUCAUUAAUGUUUUAAUUACAUUCAUGAGGGGAGAUGUGGGCGCGAUCGCCUCCUUUUCUGUUUACCAAACCAGGUACACGGGGAGACUUAAUGUGUCUCUGCGUUCUGCCCUACAAUGCUGUGCUGGCUUUUCAUAUUCAUGGUUGGACUUUCUUUUUUUUUUUGACUAUCAGAAAUGAACACAAAAUGUUGUCAACAUUAUUUAUGAAAGUUAGACCUUUUAAACUAAGCCGAUGGAGUAGAAGUCAAAUGAGUUGGACUAAUCAUUCAACCAUUUAAACUGAAACCCUGUAAAGCAACAAUGUUUACGACCCUUUAAAAAAAUUAAAUGUAAAUAAAAAACUUAGAUAAUAACGGAAAAUGUAUUUUUACUUUUUGUUUUCUUUAGAAAGAAUCAACCAUGUAACUGCUAUAAUUUCAUAUAAUAUAUAAUUUGAAGCCUCCGAUUACAGCUGAUCUUUCGUACCACGAAGUAUUUAUAGUUCUGUCUGCCUGCUAUUUCACAAUGGGGUUCAAUGAUGGAAAUUAAGACUCAUCUUGAUUUGAAGAAGAAAAAGCAAAGUGUGUGUGAAGCUCAUGGAGUGGAAGUGUUGUCAUUAUCGCUGCAUCAGUGAGGACGCCUGUUUUUAGAGAACUAUUGAGAAGAGAGUGUUAGAAAUGUUGUGGUUACGUUCUUUCUUUGCGCAAAGCAGCUUCUAAAAUCAACCAAAUCAUACGAGUUCUCCACAUCGGACUAAGCAUUGUCUAACUAUUCCAAUUAGUGUUUUCCUACAAUGUUCAUUCAUCUGUUUAUCAUCGCCAAUAUGUUGCCAAUCUUUUUCCUUUCAAUACAGUUUACAUUAACAUUGUUUAACAGAACAUUUUAUGAACAUUGAAUUGGUCCUAAUAAAAUACAAUAAUGCAUA